AUGGGAACCACCGCCCUACCAGACUUCAAACCAGAGGACCAGCUCGAUGGCGACGAGGGCGCCAUGGUCCAGAGAGGCGGCACCUCUACAGACGCAGCCGACAUGAAUCGUAUGGGGAAGACGCAAGAGUUGCGCCGUAACUUCAAGUUCGUAGGAAUCGUCGGCUUCGUCACCAUCUUGCAGGCCACGUGGGAAAACGUGCUACUCGCAAACUGGUUCGGCUUGUAUAAUGGCGGUACUGCCGGUCUGAUAUGGAUGACCAUCGCAGUCUGGUUGCUCAUGCUCUGCAUGAUCGCCUCGCUCGCAGAGAUGGCUUCCAUGUCUCCGACAAGCGGCGGGCAAUACCACUGGGUCAGCGAGUUCGCACCUCCGUCUUUGCAAAAGCCCCUGAGCUAUGUCGUCGGCUGGUGUUGUUGUCUCGGCUGGAUAGCUGGCGUGCCCUCCUGUUGUGUGCAACUCGCGGGCAUGGUCCAGACCAUGGUACUCCUCGUGCAUCCAAACGCCGAUGUAGGUCAGCUCUGGCAAACGACUCUGCUCCUGUACUGCUUCAUCGCACUGGCCGUGGCGUUCAACAUCUUCUUCGCACAGCACCUGCCAUUGGCGGAGGGCAUUAUCCUUUUCGUCCAUAUCUUUGCCUUCUUCGUCUUCCUGCUUGUGUUCUGGAUAAUGGGCGACCAUGCUCCAGCCAAACAGGUCUUCACUGAGUUCCAUGAUGGAGGCGGCUGGGGCACUGGCUUGUCUUGCCUGGUCGGGCUUGCAACUCCUGUUUGGUGCUUCAUUGGACCUGAUGCCGGCGCGCACAUGAGCGAGGAAUUGAAAGAUGCCUCCAUCCAGCUACCUCGCGCGAUGCUCUAUUCGACAAUUCUGAAUGGCAUACUUGGUGUUGCUAUGCUGAUCAGCUUUUGCUUUUGCAUCACAGAUGUAGAAGCACUGGUUAAUUCCGACUCGGAUUUUGCCAUUAUUGAGGUCUUGUUCACCGCGACCGGUUCCCACGCAGCCACCGUUGUCCUUGGAACGAUUCUGGUAGUGCUGCUGUUCUUCUCCACGGUGACCACAGUUGCCAGCGCCUCUCGACAGAUCUGGGCUUUCAGCAGAGACCAGGGCUUCCCUUUCUCCACGUGGAUACGACAGGUUGCUCCCAAGUACGAGAUCCCGGUGAAUGCUCUUCUGGUGUGCCUUGGAGUUUCCCUCGUCAUAUCAGUCAUCAACUUCGGCUCGGAUACUGCGUUCAAUGCUGUCGUCGGCGUCUCCAAUGCGGCACUUGGAUUCUCUUACAUCGUCUCGGUGGGAUGUAUUCGACUCAAACGCCUGCGCGGCGAGCCUUUGCUGCCCCGUCGCUGGUCUUUGGGCAAGUGGGGUGGCCCUAUCAACGACAUGACGCUGGCGUUCCUCGCCGUGAUAUUUGUCUUCUCUUUCUUCCCCACCGACACAUCCGUCAACUUCGAGAACUUCAACUACGCGAUCGUCAUCUUCUCGGCCGCGUGCUUGCUUGCGCUGGCCUACUACCUGCUAGGAGGUGGCCGCAAAUAUAUCGCUCCGGUGUCCCUGAUCAAAAACGAAUGA